UAGGAUGUGGAUGGGUUCGGGUGGCAUCAUUUCAUCGACUGGGGUUUCUUGUCCCCUCUCAGAUCAGAUCUCUAUCCCCUUUACUUAUUUCUUAUACUUAAUCCGCUGCCACUGUUGGUUUCUGCCGCUCCCGACGCUCGUUUUCCUCAGCAAUUCUUCAAGCUCCCGCUGCUUAUAGAGAGAGGCAGAAGAAGCCUGCCAUGCAACUCCUUGAACUCCUAUAAUCUAUCGAUGCUUUUAACACCGAUGCGGCUUUGAUUCUAGAAAUCUUGAAAAGUGCUGCAAUUCAACCAUAGCAUUUGAACAGAGAGCAAGGAUUCCGAUUUGCGUUGGGAAGAUCAAUUUAUUGCUCUUGAUGUUCUUCACAGUACGAUGCCAUCUUAGAUGGUAGAUCUUUUGCAGCCGUGGAGAGAUGGAGGCCGGGAGGGGUUUCCUCAAUGUGGACGAGCUCCGUUUGGAUCCCAAGUGGCUGAUCGACCCCAAACUGCUCUUUGUUGGCCCCAGGAUCGGGGAGGGUGCCCAUGGAAAGGUCUACGAGGGGAAGUAUAAGAACCAGAAUGUUGCAGUAAAGAUUGUGCAAAGAGGGGAUACCGCAGAGGAAGCGGGGAAGAGGGAGGCCAGGUUCAUGAGGGAGGUUAACCUGCUGUCCAGAGUUCAGCACAAGAAUCUUGUGAAGUUCAUCGGGGCUUGCAAGGAGCCUGUUAUGGUUGUGGUGACUGAGCUUGUGCUUGGUGGGUCGCUCAGGAAGCACCUGAUUAGCCUGAGGCCGCGGAGCUUGGACGAACGUGUUGCUGUUGGGUUUGCGCUGGAUAUUGCAAGGGCGAUGGAGUGUUUGCACUCGCAUGGCAUAAUUCAUCGUGAUUUGAAGCCUGAAAACAUGCUGUUGAAUGAGGAUCAGAGAACAGUGAAAUUAGCUGAUCUUGGCUUGGCAAGAGAAGAAACUUUAACUGAGAUGAUGACAUCCGAAACAGGGACAUACCGUUGGAUGGCUCCAGAGUUGUAUAGCACUGUCACUUUAAGGCAUGGAGAAAAGAAACAUUAUAAUCACAAGGUUGAUGUUUACAGCUUUUCUAUAGUAUUAUGGGAGCUUCUACAUAAUAAACUGCCAUUUGAAGGCAUGUCAAACCUUCAAGCAGCCUAUGCAGCUGCUUUCAAGAAUGCCAGACCCAGUGCAGAAAACCUUCCUGAAGAACUGGCAGUGAUUUUAACUUCUUGCUGGAAAGAGGACCCAAAUGCACGUCCCAACUUUAGCCAAAUCGUUCAAAUGCUUCUGCACUAUCUUUCUACUCUUUCACCGCCCGAGCCUGUAGCUCCUCCAUGCUUUUUUGGGCCUCAGAACGUUGGCUUACCGCCUGAGUCACCUGGAACAAGCUCUAUGGUUGCUAUCCUCCCUCGUGAUGGCAUGGGUGGCACUCCAAAUAGUUUGUCUGAGGGUGAAGGAAAGGGAUUUUUUCCCUGCUUCAACUAUUGCUGUUAAUCUUCAAAAAAAAAUCCAAUCCCGUACAGGCUGUUGUUUUGCUUUACCUUCUGAAAACUUUUCGAGGGAAUUCGAUUUCUAGGCUCUGCUAGCUAAGCUAUGCUACUUGAUCAUAUAUGUGGAAGUAAGUUCUAUUCAAAUGGCUUUGAUGAAGUGGCUCAAAGGAGGCCUUGAAUCUGAAGUUGCUGCUAUUUUCGGAGAGAUCACAAUAUCUGUAGAGUUAGGAAGCUGUUCUAGUACUGAAUGUAUUUUAUAAUGUUAAUAAUCAACAAAUUAAUCAUAAUAACCAUUGCGUUACUCGAACUUUUUUGGGGCAAUUUUAUUUAUUCAUAUUAUAUAA